ACUUAAAUGUCGCAUCAAGUCGGCUGCUGUUUCUUUUCCAGUGCGUACGUUGCUGUAUAAACACGUGGUUACGGUCGCAAUUAUCAAGUUUAAGACAAAAUACUCAGCAAAUUAAAAUGCCACUGGCCAGAGACUUUCUUCAUCCUAGUCCGAUAGAGGAGAAGAGAAAGCAUAAACUGAAGAGGCUUGUGCAAAAACCAAAUAGCUAUUUUAUGGAUGUAAAAUGCCCUGGUUGCUAUGCCAUCAAAACUAUUUUCUCACAUGCCCAGAGACCAGUGGAAUGUGAUGGAUGCAGAACGAUACUUUGCACACCGACAGGUGGCAAAGCAAGGUUAACGGAAGGUUGCUCUUUUAGAAGAAAGGUGCAAUGUUAAUUUUGCUCGUUGUAUCCCACACUUUAUAAAUAAAAACUAUUAUAUCAUA